CCCGUGUGGCCUCGGAGUCGCAAGAGGCCAGGCCGCGAGUGCCCCUCCCGGCUGUGCGUGCUGCCUCCUUAGCGGGCGCCUCCUCCUCCCUCCCUCCCUGACAGGACCCGCCCGCGGUGUGCGGCCUGUCCCCUCCCUGCCUCGCUCCCUCCCUCCCCGCCUGCCGCCCUCCCGAGGGAGCAGCAGGCGAAGGAGAGGCUCCAGCGGGCGCCCGAGCCCGGCCCUCAGCGAGCCUGGCGGCGACAACAGCACCGCAACCCCGCCAUGGCUGAGGCUGGCGUGGCCGGGCCGGGGGAGGGCGACGCGGGGAGCAGCAAUGGCGGGGCUGGGGCUCUCCAGCAAGGCUCGCCGGCUUCAGCGGGGCCGCCCGCUGCAGGAGCCGCUCGAGCUUCCUCCUCCGCCGCCGCCGCCGCUACUCCUCCUGCGCCCGCGGAGAGCAGCCCUGCAGCGGGAGGAGGAGGAGGAAGCACGGGAGGGACUGGCGGCUCGGCUCGCAUCACGGGCAAGAAGGCGCAGCUCCGAUCCGCACCCCGCGCCAAGAAGCUGGAGAAGUUGGGCGUCUAUUCCGCCUGCAAGGCUGAGGAAUCCUGCAAAUGUAAUGGAUGGAAAAACCCUAACCCACCCCCUACUCCACCCAGGGCAGAUCUACAGCAGGUGGUUGUGAAUCUGACCGAACCAUGUCGUAGCUGUAAUCAUCCAUUAGCUGCCCAUGUUUCACAUUUGGAGAAUGUCUCUGAAGAAGAAAUGAACCGGCUUUUGGGGAUUGUUCUGGAUAUAGAGUACCUUUUUACCUGUGUUCAUAAAGAAGAAGAUGCAGAUACCAAGCAAGUCUAUUUCUACUUGUUCAAGCUUUUGAGGAAGUGUAUAUUACAGAUGGGUAAACCUGUUGUAGAAGGAUCUUUGGAAAGUCCACCGUUUGAAAAACCUAGCAUUGAACAGGGAGUCAAUAAUUUUGUGCAAUACAAAUUUAGUCACCUUCCAUCAAAAGAGAGACAAACAAUAAUAGAACUGGCUAAAAUGUUCCUAAAUCGCAUCAACUAUUGGCACCUGGAGACACCUUCUCAGCGAAGACAGAGGUCACCUAAUGAUGACAUUGCUGGCUAUAAAGUGAACUACACAAGAUGGCUUUGCUACUGUAAUGUCCCCCAGUUUUGCGAUAGUCUACCUCGAUACGAAACCACACAAGUUUUUGGGAGAACACUUCUGCGUUCAGUGUUUACUGUCAUGAGACGUCAACUUCUGGAACAUGCUAGGCAGGAAAAAGACAAACUUCCUCCUGAGAAACGAACACUAAUUCUCACACAUUUCCCAAAGUUCCUAUCCAUGCUGGAGGAAGAGGUCUAUAGUCAAAGCUCUCCCAUCUGGGAUCCAGAUUUUAUUGCAUCAUCUUCUCGAAAUGCACAGCUAGGCAUCCAGACAGUUAUUAGCCAUCCUCCUGUGGUGAGGUCCGCUGCAUGCAAUGCAAGCCCCUCAUCUCUAGAACAAUCCAGUGGGGGAAAUAUGAGUCCUGCUUGCAAGGCUAUUUCUGGUCUGGACCAAAACCUAGGAGAAAAAAGAAAAAUUAAUGAGGCUUAUUCUGUAGAGGAUGCCAAGAAGCCAAGAGUGGUAGGAGAUAUUCCUAUUGAGCUUAUUAAUGAAGUGAUGUCAACCAUUACAGAUCCAGCUGCAAUGCUGGGGCCAGAGACCAACUUUCUAUCCGCACAUUCAGCUCGGGAUGAGGCAGCGAGACUGGAAGAGCGAAGGGGAGUGAUUGAAUUUCAUGUUGUUGGAAAUUCCCUAAAUCAAAAGCCAAAUAAGAAAAUUAUGAUGUGGUUGGUUGGCUUACAGAAUGUAUUUUCACAUCAGCUACCCAGAAUGCCAAAAGAAUAUAUUACUCGUCUAGUCUUUGAUCCGAAACACAAGACCCUUGCAUUAAUAAAAGAUGGACGAGUGAUUGGCGGCAUUUGUUUCCGGAUGUUCAUGUCUCAAGGAUUUACAGAAAUCGUUUUCUGUGCUGUAACUUCCAAUGAGCAAGUCAAGGGUUAUGGAACUCACUUAAUGAAUCAUCUGAAAGAAUAUCAUAUUAAGCAUAACAUUCUCAACUUUCUCACAUAUGCAGAUGAAUAUGCAAUUGGCUAUUUCAAGAAACAAGGUUUUUCUAAAGAUAUUAAAGUACCAAAAGCAAAGUACGUUGGCUAUAUCAAAGAUUAUGAAGGAGCAACUUUAAUGGGAUGUGAAUUAAAUCCAAGAAUUCCAUACACUGAAUUUUCAGUCAUUAUUAAGAAGCAGAAAGAGAUUAUUAAAAAGUUGAUUGAAAGGAAGCAAGCUCAGAUUCGGAAAGUUUACCCUGGUCUUUCUUGCUUCAAAGAUGGAGUACGUCAGAUUCCUAUAGAAACCAUUCCUGGAAUUAGAGAGACUGGAUGGAAACCAAGCAGCAAAGAGAAAGGUAAAGAACCCAAAGAUCCAGAUCAGCUCUACAGUACACUAAAAAACAUUCUGCAACAGGUCAAGAGCCACCAAAGCGCUUGGCCAUUCAUGGAACCAGUGAAAAGAACUGAAGCUCCAGGAUAUUAUGAAGUUAUAAGAUUCCCCAUGGACCUGAAAACCAUGAGUGAACGACUGAAGAACAGAUACUAUGUGUCUAAGAAGUUAUUCAUGGCAGAUCUGCAGCGAGUCUUCACUAACUGCCGAGAAUACAAUCCGCCAGAAAGUGAAUACUAUAAGUGUGCCAAUAUACUGGAGAAAUUCUUCUACACAAAAAUUAAGGAAGCUGGGUUAAUUGACAAGUAAUAAUUGUCUUUCUCCCAUGCAGCCAGGAUGCCUAAUUUAGGACCAGCAUAUGCAGUUAUUUUUCAGUGGAACUGGGACUGGUGUUUUAAAGAAUUUUGUUUUCUGAACUAGCACUUUUAAAAACUGUAAGAUAUAAGAGUUUAUUUUAUUAAAAGUCUUUUUAAAUGUACACCUGCAUGCCCUUUUGCAGUGUAUUAAACUUUUAUUAGAUGUAUUGCACAGACUGUUUGGAUAUUUGAAAAAGGAAAGUUUUCCAAGCAGUGAAUGUUUAAGCUUAAUGUAAUGCAGUAUCAAAUAGAAAAAUAGCUUUUUAUUUUUUACAGCAAAAUUGCUGAUGAAGGGGAAAAUGAGUUUUAUAGAUAUAUUUUAAUUAAUGAAACACUCAACUUAGAAGGUGCUAUGGGAAAGCAAGAAAUCACUGCUUUAAAGCUGCAAAGAUGAAAAUCCCAAAACAGAUAUCCACCAUGGACUUGUUUAUAAAAAAAUACUUUUGUAAAGAAAACCUGUUUUAAAAUGAUGGCUGUGUAAGUCAUGUUCCCAAAAUACUACAAAUGACACAUUUCCUACUAUUCCACUAGUUUAGGUUUUUAAUGCACUUUUAUGGCAUAGAAAGCCAUUCUGUUCUCAUUCUCUGUAGUGCUACUAUGAAUAUAUGAAAAGAGAUCAAAAGUUCUGCUUUUCACAUCUGGAACUAUGUGCUACCUAAAAUUGACUGUCACGCUGAAGCAUGCAUGCAGGCUCAUGUAUGGAGAGAAACAACACCAUGAGAUCCAGUAAGCAGUAGAUAUACAUUCCUUUGUGCAGAUGGGAAUGUGUGCCUGUUGUGCCUUCCACUCAAUUAUGACAGGUGCUACUGCUUUUCUGUCAGUCUUAAUCAUGCUUAGAUCACACCCUCUAAAAUCAAUGGGGCAGGUCAUGACUUCUCUUACUGAUUUUAGUGCACCACUGUUCAAGGUGACAGCAUUUAGAUCUAAUGUAAUGCAUGCAUCUUUGUUUGGAUCAGCACAAGAGAAGACCUGCUCAAAGGUUUCAUGAAUCUUCUUAAGGAGUUGUGCAUGCAUUCUUGUCUCUCAGUGUAAACAUAUGGAACCUUCUGUGCAAUAUAUUAGUUAGCCCUUCACAUUUGUGGGUUUACCUUUUGUGGAUUUGAUCAAUAUGUUUGCAGGAAUGUGUAGGUUUCCCAGUGCAAUUCUAUGGUCAGCUUUCAUUAGAAAUUGACUAUAGAGUUGUGCUGGAGAACUCAGAUUCAUAGAGAGAAUACCUCUCUAGGAAUCUCUAGGUCCUCCUGCACAACUAUAUGACCAACUUCCAGUGAAAGCUGACCACAUGGGACCUAAAGAGGUAUUUUCAUUUUUUUUAAAAUUGAUUUCCUUCUUCGUGGUCCCUGUGAAAUUCACACAUAUGGGUUUGCCUGCGCAGACCUUUCGGAAUUCUCUAGAAGCUCUAAAGAUAUACUUUUUGGCGGGGGCUCCGCCCACUCUCCCCUUGUAGUAUAUAUAGGCCGUGGGAGGGGCCAACACCUCAGUUCCUUUUUUCCGCCACAUGUGAUAUUUGUAAGAUCAGUUUUUCCACUUUCACAAGGGUCUUGCAACCCUAACCCCAGCAAAUGAUGAGAGCUAAUUAAUUCAAACAGAUGAGGUGAGAACUGUGUGACUCCCUGGAUGUUUCUGAACUAUAGAUAUCAAUAUUCUUCCUUAUCAGUUAUGCUGGAGAGGACCAUGCAAUUCCCAGAUCUGAACUAGAUUUUUCAAACAACAUUCGAUGACAACGACAACCAGACCAUUACUAAUCACAUAUUGAUAUAAGAAAAUAGUUCUUAUAAACAUAGAACAUACUUCCAUUUAUGUAACUGACUAGGUUAGGCUGGGAACAGAUAUGCACUAACCAUGUAGUUCUGCUAUUUUACCACACUGGCAGGGAAGGAGGAAGAUAUCUAAAUGGUCUUCAUUUCAUUCCUGCAGUGGCACUGGAGAAUUUGAGUUUCAUGCUGUUUUUAUAUGUGCAUACAUAUUUCACUAGCAAAUCUGUGUUACAAAAGGAUUCUCAUUAUUUGCAAAGCACCUGCAUUAGUUCUUAUUCUAUGACUAGAUGACCCUUGAUAGAUGGUACAAAAAUAGUCAAAAUGGUAACAUAGAAUUGCCUUAGUGCUUUAUAUAAAAUCAAGAUUUAUUUGGCUAGGUAUUUAAGGUACAACAAUGCAACUGUGUAUUAGAGUAUUUAAGUAGUAAUUUUCAAGUUAUUUUGUAAACUGGGCCAACGGAAUCACCUCUUAAGCUUGAUAACCUGUGAAAGUGUUAUUUUCAAAGAUUCUUAUUGUCUUGAAAUUAGAGUCUCUUCUAUAUUGAGAACACCUGGUUUCUAAUUUAAAAGAUUAUUUUCAUAGAUAUUGUGCAAUAAGGCUAUAUAAAGUACAGUGUGUUUUCAAUGCUUUAACUGAAAUUUUACAUUUGUAAAAUUAUUUAUUGUACCAGUAUAAAAUGGAUUUAAAUUAUAUGUUUAAAAUCUUGUGUGCUAUUUUGUAAUUUGCAUAUAAAAAUACCUGAAGUAUU